AUGGAAAAUAGUCAUUAUUUAUAUCAAUCUGAGAGUCAAAAAAUAAAAAAAGUGGUUAUUUCAGAAUCAGAAUCAAUUUCUCCUUACUGCGAAUCCCCAAUUUCUCCAAACAAGUCUUCAUCAGAUCUUAUGCUUCUCAAUGAUUUGAAAUAUAUGAUAGAAUUAAUACAAACGACACUUUCGCGUUCAAGUGUAAUUUUUCAGCCGCCUCAUUUACGGUCAAAUGAUAUUAGAGCUACUUUAAAUUCUUUGAAAUACCUUACAGAAACACUUUGUGAUGAGUUUCUUGUUUUAAUUAAACGGCCACUUAAGGAAUCAUCUGAAGUUACAAGUCCAACUAUCGCUUCGAUUCCAAAAAAUGAUGAACUUUUAUUUUAUACAGAAAAGUUAAGAAUUUUCCCAAAUUCCCAAGAUUUGAUACAAAAAAUCGCCAAAUCUCCUCACGAAGUUUUAUUAUCACAACAAGACUGCGAAGAUCUUACCAAAAUUUUACUCACCUCAAUCCGGAAUUUUAAAGAGAUUUCAUAUAAAGACAAAUACAAAGAAAUGGCCGAAAAAGCUAUAAUAUACGGUAAACUUCUAUCAGACCUCCGAAAACAAGUAAGGCUUAAAGAAGAACACAUAGAAAUCCUUGAAGAAAACAUCAGAAAAAGUACUUAUUAUACAGAUUGCAAUAAUAUUGCUAAUAUCGUCGACUACGCCAAGCACCGUCAAAAUUUAAUAAAUUUUUAA